AUGAGUCUCGUUCAGCAUUCUGAAAGUGAGGCUGCUUCGCCUGUUCCCAUCAUUGAGACAGACGAUCAAGGAAACUCGACUACAACAAACGGAUAUUUCCCCUCAAAAACUGCCCCUUCUUCUUCUCUUGUAGACGACAUGGCUCAUCUUUCUGUUGUCGGCGGUGCUCAUCGCGGAGAUGACUCUGACGCUGCCUCCGUCCGUUCAUCGAGCUCUCGGACAUCCAAGAAGCCUCAGAUGAAGCUGGCCAGCUACCCAGAUGAGUUCACCACCAGCGUCUAUGGCUCUCGCUUUGCGGGGAUGGAUCUUCCUCGACAUCAUAUGCCUGAGGGUGAAAUGCCUCGCGAAGUUGCUUAUCGCAUGAUCAAGGAUGAUCUGAGUCUCGACAACAACCCCAUGCUCAAUCUGGCUUCUUUCGUCACGACUUACAUGGAAGAUGAAGCCGAGAAGCUCAUGGCAGAGUCCUUUUCCAAGAAUUUUAUCGAUUACGAGGAGUAUCCUCAGUCAGCUGAUAUCCAGAACCGCUGCGUUAACAUGAUCGGCGAUCUGUUCCAUGCACCUCCUGGUUCUUCAGUCGGUACAUCCACCGUCGGCUCAUCAGAAGCCAUCAUGCUUGCUGUCCUAGCCAUGAAGAGGCGCUGGAAGAACCGUAGACAAGCUGAAGGCAAGAGCACAGAACAUCCCAACAUCGUCAUGUCCUCUGCUGUCCAGGUGUGUUGGGAAAAGGCUACUCGAUACUUUGAGAUUGACGAGAAGCUUGUUUACUGCACACCUGACAGGUUUGUAAUGGAUCCUGAUGAGGCUGUUGAUCUCUGCGACGAGAACACCAUUGGUAUGUGCACUAUUCUCGGAACUACUUACACUGGUGAGUAUGAGGAUAUCAAGGCCAUCAACGAUCUUCUCGUUGAGCGUAACCUUGAUGUCCCCAUCCACGUCGAUGCUGCCAGUGGUGGUUUCGUGGCUCCUUUUGUCGUUCCUGACUUGGAGUGGGACUUCCGAUGUGAAAAAGUCGUUUCUAUCAACGUCUCAGGCCACAAGUACGGUCUUGUCUACCCCGGUGUUGGCUGGGUCAUCUGGCGAUCUCCAGAGUAUCUCCCUCAAGAGCUCGUCUUCAACAUCAACUACCUCGGCGCCGACCAAUCAUCAUUCACCCUUAACUUUUCCAAGGGUGCAUCGCAAGUCAUCGGCCAAUAUUACCAGCUCAUCCGUCUCGGCAAGCACGGUUACCGUGCUAUCAUGAGUAACCUCACCCGUACAGCAGACUACCUGACAGAAACUCUCGAAAACCUCGGCUUCGUCAUCAUGUCGGAACGUUCAGGCGCCGGUCUCCCUCUCGUAGCUUUCCGCUUCAAGACUAUUGAAGAAGGCGGCGACCCUGAUCGUUACUACGACGAGUUUGCUCUUGCUCACCACCUGCGCUCUCGAGGUUGGGUCGUUCCUGCUUACACCAUGGCUCCCAACUCUGGUGUCAAGAUGCUGCGUGUUGUCGUGCGAGAGGAUUUUACAAAGAGUCGAUGUGACCAGCUUAUCUGUGAUGUCAAGCUCUGUCACGGUCUUCUCAAGGAAACGGAUCAGGAGUCGAUUAAGAAGCGUGAAGAGUAUAUCAGAAACCACAUUUCUGCCAUGGGGCGUGGAAAGCAUGCCCAUCCCGUUUAUAAGGACGAACAACAUUCUCUCCAAGGCAAGCAUGGAAAGACACAUGCUAUUUGCUAG